ACAAAGCACAACACUGCAGAAGAUUCAGGUGUCAUUGAUGCAGUUUUGGUCAAUACGAAUGAGUUCUACAAAUGGUUUGCUGAUCUGGAAGCAGCUAUGAAAUCAGAGACAGAAGAGAAAUAUCAACAUUAUGUGAGGACUCUAACAGAGCGAAUACAGACAUGUGACACCAUACUCAAUCAGGUGGAUGAAACACUUGAAUUAUUUAAUGAACUACAACUGCAGCAUCAAGCUGUUGCAACAAAGACAAAAACUCUACAUGAUGCAUGUGACCGGCUGGUAGUAGAGAAGCAAAGGCUGAUCGAGUUUGCUGAAUCACUUCGUGCUAAACUCAACUACUUCGAUGAGCUGGAAAAUGUUGCAACCAGUUUCUAUGCACCAAGCAUGAAUGUAGCACAUGAGAAUUUCCUCCCUUUGCUCAAAAGACUUGACGACUGCAUAUCGUAUGUUGAAAACAACCCACAGUAUGCCGAGUGCAAUGUUUACUUAGUCAAGUUUCGACAACUCCAGUCUCGUGCUCUAGGGAUGAUUCGUUCUCACGUACUCUCUAUUCUAAAAAACACUUCUGCUCAGGUCCAGGCUGCAAUCAAAAGCAGCUCUGGUGACAAAGCAUCUGUCUCUGAGGGUGUGGAGGCGUCUAUAAUAUAUGUUCGGUUCAAAGCGGCAGCAAAUGAGCUUAAGCCAGUAUUGGAGGAAAUUGAAAGUAGAAAACCAAGAAAGGAAUAUGUCCAGAUGCUCAUGGAAUGCCACAAGAUUUAUUGUGAACAAAGGCUCUUACUGGUUCGGGGCAUUGUUCAGCAACGAAUCUCUGAAUUUGCAAAAAAAGAAGCUUUGCCAUCAUUGACUAGAUCUGGUUGUGCAUACCUCAUGCAGGUAUGUCAACUUGAGCAUCAGCUUUUUGAUCAUUUCUUCCCUUCAUCAUCGGAGGAUGUUUCAAGUUUGGCUCCUCUAAUAGAUCCACUGUGUACUUACUUAUAUGAUACUUUACGUCCAAAACUCAUUCAUGAAGCAAACCUUGAUAUUCUUUGCGAACUUGUGGACAUACUCAAAGUUGAAGUCUUAGCUGAACAAGUAAGUAGACGAGGUAAAUCGCUAGCAGGAUUACGACCAACACUGGAGAGGAUUUUGGCAGAUGUUCAUGAGCGUUUGACUUUUCGUGCUAGAACCCACAUCCAUGAUGAGAUUGCAAACUACCUUCCUACGGAUGAAGACCUGGAUUAUCCUGCUAAGUUGGAGCAAUCAGCCGAGACAAAGUCAGAAACAUCAUCUAGUGCUCAAAGCUCAGAUGUUUCAAGAACUUGGUACCCUCCGCUUGAGAAAACUAUAUCUUGUCUGUCCAAACUAUACAGAUGCUUAGAACCAGCAGUUUUUACUGGUUUGGCACAGGAAGCUGUAGAAGUCUGUGCAUCAUCCAUUCAGAAAGCUAGCAAACAAAUUGCAAAAAGGUCAUCUACAAUGGAUGGGCAAUUAUUCCUCAUAAAGUAUCUUCUUAUACUUAGAGAGCAGAUUGCCCCAUUUGAUAUUGAAUUCUCAGUCACACACAAGGAGCUUGACUUCUCUCAUUUGCUGGAGCAUUUGAGACGGAUUCUUAGGGGUCAGGCCUCGCUAUUUGACUGGUCAAGGUCGACGUCCCUGGCCAGAACUCUCUCUCCCCGAGUUUUGGAAAGUCAAAUAGAUGCCAAGAAGGAAUUGGAGAAAAACCUCAAAGCUACUUGUGAGGAGUUUAUUAUGUCGGUGACCAAGCUGGUUGUGGACCCUAUGUUGUCUUUUGUCACCAAGGUCACUGCAGUCAAAGUUGCACUAUCCUCGGGCAGUCACAAACCGGAGUCUGCCAUUAGUAAGCCACAAGAUCAGGCUUUUGCAACUCCAGAGAAAAUAUCCGAACUAGUUCAGAAGGUUGGAUCUUCUAUUAAACAAGAGCUGCCAGGAGUUGCGGGUAAAAUGAAGCUUUAUCUCCAGAACCCCACCACACGCUCUAUACUUUUCAAACCAAUCAGGACCAAUAUUGUCGAAGCGCAUACUCAAGUGCUAAAUUUGCUCAAGGCUGAGUAUUCUCCUGAAGACAUGCAAAAUGUUAAUAUGGUUUCAAUACAUGACUUGCAGGCUCAACUCGACGAUCUUAUGUAACGCAGAAUGUACUCGAGUUAUCGAUUU